AUGCUGCUUAUAUCCGCCCUUUCUAGCUCUUGGCCAAUCAGUGCUCCAGCAGUUGUAGCCGGUUUAGCGGGAGAUUUGAAACAGGAGAUGUUGGAGAACAGUCAGCAUAGAGCACAGCCCGGCCACCUCCCUCAUCACUCCCCGCCUGGCCGCCGCAGGUCUUCCCGGGGACUCAUGGCCGGCCAUGGAAAAGCCAGCAGACAGGCAGAGCUGGAGAAGGUACUGGGGAUAACUGUUUCAGGCAGCAGCAGUUUAACAUGCGACCCAAACAGCGGACUGGUUGCCUAUCCAGCAGGAUGUGUCAUUGUUCUUCUAUGUCCAAGAAAAAACAAACAAGCUCAUAUAUUCAACGCGUGCAGCAAGCAACUGAGUGCUUUAUCCUUCUCACCGGAUGGGAAGUAUAUAGUCAGUGGAGAGAGCGGCCACAAACCAGCUGUGCGGAUCUGGGAUGUGGCAGAGAAGGUUCAGGUCUCUGAGCUGCUCGGACACAAAUAUGGAGUGUCCUGCGUCUGCUUCUCCCCCAACAUGAAGUACGUUGUGUCUGUGGGGUACCAGCAUGACAUGGUGGUCAAUGUAUGGGACUGGAAGAACAGUAAUGUAGUCGCCAAGAACAAAGUCUCCAGUAAGGUCAGCGCCGUGUCUUUUUCUGAAGACAGCAGCUAUUUUGUGACUGCAGGUCACCGUCAUGUCAAGUUCUGGUAUCUGGAGACUCCAAAGAAAUCUCAGGUUGGGACGGUUCCUCUGGUUGGCCGCUCCGGACUGCUUGGUGACCUCCACAAUAAUAUCUUUGGUGGUGUUGCUUGUGGCAAAGGCAGGAACGCUGGAAGCACAUUCUGUGUAUCUUUAUCUGGAAUUCUCUGUCAGUUCAAUGAAAAGAGGGUCCUAGAGAAAUGGCUGAAAUUAAAGGUGUCUGCCUCCUACUGCCUGAGUGUCACGGAGCAGCUUGUGUUCUGUGGUUGCGAGGAGGGCGUGGUCAGGAUAUUUAGCGCUCACAAUCUCCAGUAUGUGACUGAUUUACCUAGACCUCACCACCUGGGUGUGGACGUUGCUCUGGGGCUGGAUCCAAGCUCUCUGUUUGUAAAGCAGGAGGAUGCCAGUUAUGCGGACACUUGCGCUCUUGUGUACGAUGAAGGCAAUCAGUGGCUGUGCUGUGUGUAUAAUGACCACAGUAUAUACGUGUGGGAUGUCAGCAACACCCGUAAGGUUGGAAAGGUUUACUCGGCUCUCUAUCACAGCUCCUACGUCUGGAAUAUAGAGGUGUAUCCUGAAAUCGGAAGGAAAAUGCGUCUGAGCCAGGGCUCGUUUUUUACCUGUUCCUCGGACAACACCAUCCGUCUCUGGAACCUGGAGAGGAGCUCAUACCCGGCUCUGAAGAGGAACAUCUAUAGUAGUGAAUUGCAUAACGUGAUAUAUGUUGAGAACAAUAUUCAGUAUUUGAAAGACGCCUCCACCACUUCUGAAAAGCUGGAGCCCAAAGACUCCAAAAGCGGAAUCCGUGUUAUGAAAGUGAGCCACAAUGGACUUCAGCUGGCAUCUGGAGACCGGAUGGGAAAUAUAAGGAUAUAUGAUCUUCAGAACUUCGAGGAGUUGCUGACGAUUGAGGCUCACGACGGAGAAGUUCUGUGUCUGGAAUACUCCAGUCCUUUGACCGGUAUGACACUAUUGGCAUCGGCCAGCCGGGACCGUCUGAUCCACGUACUCUGUGUGGAACGUGAUUACAGUUUGCUCCAGACUCUGGAUGACCAUUCUUCCUCCAUAACAGCGGUGAAGUUUGCAGGUAACGCAGAGGAGAUGCACAUGAUCACCUGUGGAGCAGAUAAGAGCAUUUAUUUUCGUCCAGCCCAAGUGCUCCCAGAAGGGAUUCAUUUCUUGCGUUUACACCAUGUCGUGGAGAAAACAACUUUGUAUGACUUGGAUAUUGAUGUCACCCAGAAGAUUGCAGCUGUUGCGUGUCAGGAUAAAACUAUAAGAUUCUACAAUGUUACAAGCGGUAAACAAGAGAAGACGGUCAAAAGUUCUCAGAGUGCGGGAGCCUUAUUAAAGGUGCAGAUGGAUCCCUCUGGAAGAUUCUUUGCCACAAGCUGUUCCAAUAAAAGCAUAUCUCUGUUCGACCUGCAAACUGGGGAAUGUGUAGCCAUGAUGUAUGGGCACUCUGAUAUUGUUACGGACAUGAAGUUCACAUAUGACUGCAAAAGGCUGAUCACGGUUUCUGGUGACAGCUGUGUGUUCAUCUGGCAGCUGGAUCCCAUCAUGACAACAUGUAUGAGGCAGCACAUAGAUGAGAAUUCACUAGCAGGAAAAACCACAUCUGUGAUUGAUGACGAAAGUCACAUUAAUCUGCGGAGACAAACGUUCUUGGUAGACUUUCUGGAUGAGAGCUCUCAUGAUGACUUGUUCUUGGAUAAGAGUAGUAAUGCUGAUGAGCCAUCAAUGGACACCCCUUCUGUGGAUCGCUUUGACGGAGACCCUUCAUUCCUGCAGACUAAUGGCAGGAUGCCCCUCUGGGCUAGGAAGCUGCCUCAAGGGCGCUGGGCUCAGAGUGACAAUUCUGAUGUCCUUCGGAAUUUCCUGAACAGUAAUGAUUUGAGUUACUGCGGUACCCCAUGCCAAGCAGAGAAUUCCUUGCUAGAUGACACGGCAGACCUUGAAUGUGUGGAGCCAAAGAGUUUCCAGCAAAUGUUGGAGCAAUCCGAGGAAAGAAAUGAGGGCUAUAGCAAUGGGACACUUAUCACGGACAUGUCCGCCGCUCUAGAAGAUAUAGAUGCUCUGGCCAAUGAUUCGAAUGGUAUAUUUUACCCUCCAUCCCUGCAGACGUCCCAGGAGGAGGAAAGUCUUUAUUACACUUAUGCAGAUCGUGUUUUGUAUUCCUCCAGUGACUUUGCUAUUGAAGAGCGCACGUUUAACAAAGGACACGACGCAAACAUUAAUGAACUGUUAUCGGCUUGUGAACCAGAUGAAGACUCCCUGCCUUCUGGGAAUGGCUCUGACCUGGAUGAGAACGAUGCGGAAGAGAAUUUCCAACCGGAGACUCCAGAAGAGUCCUUCAUUAUGAAGCAUUUCGACACCUUAACAGAUGAGCUUGCAGAAGAAAAAUUUGACAACUCGUUGAAAGAUCUGAUGCCCAGUGAGGAUGACACUGAUCUGUUUCUAAAUCAUCGCCUGAGUUUCUCUGCCAAAUUUAUGUCCCGAAGCCACAGGUACGACCGACUAGAAAGUUUACUUCCACCCGAGAUACCGCAGGUGGUGCUAGAUAGAGAGACAACAGUGGAAUCAACGAAACCACCACUUUGCCGGAAACUCUCCGAUAAAGCAGUGGAAAAAACAACCCAUGGACAGGAAAGGAGAAAAUCUUCAACCAGUGCUGAUAUUGCUAUUUUGGCCCCAAAUUUACAGAAAGUUCAUGAUAAAUCUGCCUCUCGAUCCUCAUUCCCUGGAUGCUGGCCAAAUAAGAACAAUUCAUUAAGUAAGUCCAACAAAGGGCCAUCUUACAUGGAAGCCACGGCUAGCUCAAAGGCAAAAAUAGCCAGAAGUACAUCAAUGGGAGAAGGCAUUAAUGCAGGGGAAGAACCAAAAAAACUGUCCAAUUUAUUCCGACCACUCUCCACCAGUGACUUGCCAUCAGAAAAUGAUAAGCUUAAAGCCUCAGAGGUAAGUGUCAGCAAACCCCUUCCUUCUGUUGCACCCUGUGAACCGGUCCCAUCAGGACAGCAAGAAGCCAAGACUAAGUCUAUGGCCACUUCUAAUUCAUUAUCGGACAAAUUUUUGAUGCCACCUCCAACAACAUACGGAGUUAUCCCACGCCUAAAGAAAAAAGCCAAGUCUGUCAAUAAUCUGCCUAAGACCACUCGAAAAGAGGAGCUCAAUGCCACUGUGGUAAAGUCGAAAGCAUCAGAUGCUCAGAAGAGUGAAAUUACUACUGAUCUUCAGGAUAGGAGAAACUCAACAUCUUCACCAACCUACAGAGCACCAGAUGUCCAUGAUGUACCCAGAAGAGCUUCUAUAGCUGAGUGUCCAGUUGGUACACCUCAAAGCAUCUCUCCCACCAACAAAAGCAGCGAAAAAGGUCGUUCUCCAACCCGUCGCCUGUCUACUUCACCAACACCUUGUUCCAACCAUGUAGAAGAGUCUAACAAUUCCUCCUUGGGUAUGAAGGAUCUGAUGGGAGAGUGUGAGCAGGUGAUUGAGGAAUUGCACAGCACUUUUCAGAAGACGUUAAGGACUUUUAAAGAGGUAAAUAUCUGCGUUGGAUCAAAUGAAGAAAAGUCACAUCUGAAAUCCUUAUUCCUUAAUGCCUUCGUCCAUAUUCAAAGCGAGAUGGAGUUGUUGGAAAUCGGCCACAGAAUGGCGCCAAAUGACAAGCUGAACACCGAAAACAAUGCAUCUCUUCACUUGCUAGAACAUUAUUCAGAAAUGAUGCUGCAGAUAAUGAGGGAAAAGAUUAACAGCACCGCACUGUGACACUUUUCAGGAAGCCUGGAUUCAAAAUGUUGGUCAUAAGGACUGCGUCUCAUGUGACCAUUCAUUGUUAAUACUGU